AUGUUGCGCACCACAUGCGACCGUCUGGAUCGCCCGAGUUCAUACACCGUCGCCAAGAAGCGCCGUAGAUACCAGCGUGCUCCCGACGACGACACUCCUCAAGAAAAGACUCCCGAGCCCGAAGACAAGCUCAAGGAUGCGACCACCCUCUAUGUCGGCAACCUCUCUUUCUACACCACCGAAGAGCAGAUUCACGAACUCUUCUCAAAGUGCGGUGAAAUCAAGCGCUUGAUCAUGGGUCUUGAUCGUUUCCAAAAGACCCCCUGUGGCUUCUGCUUUGUCGAGUACUACACUCACCAGGACGCUUUGGACUGCCUCAAGUACAUUGGCGGCACAAAGCUCGACGAGCGCAUCAUCCGUACCGAUCUGGACGAGGGCUUCAAUGAGGGCAGACAGUACGGUCGUGGAAAGAGCGGUGGUCAGGUCAGAGAUGAGUACCGUGAAGAGUUUGAUCCUGGCAGAGGAGGCUACGGCAGAGCCAUCAAGGAAGAUUACGAUGUCUACAACGACAACUACCGAUGA